UGCCUGCAGAGGGCGGGGCCCGCCGCAGAGUGGGCAGCGCCAGCCAAGAGUCCUCUGCGCGCCGCUACUGCGGCCGGUCCACAGCAGUUCUGACAGUCGCGGCACAGGCACCGAACCUCUCGCCAGCCCCACGCAUCCACCGCGACCUCCAGCUCGUCCCACCAUCUCUCCCAACGCCGCGGAGCCGCAUCUGGCGCGCACCUGGCACCACCCCGGCCGCGCUGGAGCCCGCGCCCGCCCUUGCCCGGCCGCGCCGGGAACCCGGCCCCGAGCUGGAGCCGCAUCUGGAGCCGCGGGCCCGGGGCCCUGAGCCACGCAGCCGGCGCAUGGUCAACUCGCUGCUGUUCGGGGAGAUGGCCUUGGCCUUCGGCUGCCCGCCGGGGGGCGGCGGCUGCGCAGGCGGCGGCGGCGGUGGUGGCGGCGCCGGGCCGGGGCCCUCGCCGGUAACGGCGGCGCUGCGGGACGAUCUGGGCUCCAACAUCCACCUCCUCAAGGGGCUCAACGUGCGUUUCCGCUGCUUCUUGGCCAAGGUGCACGAGCUGGAACGACGCAACCGGCUCCUGGAGAAGCAGCUGGAGCAGCAGCAGAGCGAGCGUGAUCGGCGGCUGCGCUACAAGACCUUCUCCCGCGAGCAGGCCGUGCAGACCGGGCCCGAGCUGCUGCGGCCGUCAGCAGCGGGCGGCGGGCAGGCCCUCAGCGCGGCCACCGGAGUCAACGCCAACGCGGUGGCCCUAGGUGGCCUGCCUCCCGGCGGCGGCUCACACCCGCAACACUACGGCCGCCUGCCCGGGACCAUCUGGAGCUACACGCAGGUGCGGCGCACGGGCGGCGGCGGCGUGGAGACAGUGCAGGGCCCCGGCGUGUCCUGGGUGCACCCAGACGGCGUAGGCGUGCAGAUUGACACCAUCACGCCAGAGAUCCGCGCUCUCUACAACGUGCUGGCCAAGGUGAAGCGCGAGCGUGACGAAUACAAACGGAGAUGGGAGGAAGAGCUGGCCAAGCGUAUGAACCUUCAGACCAUGGUGGACACGCUGCAGGAGGCAGCUCAAGAAGCCGAGGCCAUCCAGGAGGAGAUGAACGAGAAGAUUGAACGGCUCAAGGCCGAGCUGGUAGUGUUCAAAGGGCUCAUGAGUGACCCCAUGACAGACCUGGACACAAAGAUCCAAGAAAAGGCUAUGAAAGUGGACAUGGACAUCUGCCGCCGAAUCGAUAUCACGGCUAAGCUGUGCGAUGUCGCACAGCAGCGGAACUCGGAAGACGUGUCCAAGAUCUUCCAGGUGGUCCCGAAGAAGAAAGAUCGUAAGGUGGCUUCGGAUGAUGACAUCUCUGAGCAGGAUGGGGAGGUAAAUCGGUUCUCAGAUGAGGAGGUCGGCUCCAUGAACAUCACGGAUGAGAUGAAGCGCAUGUUUAACCAGCUGCGGGAGACCUUUGAUUUUGAUGACGACUGCGACAGCCUGACGUGGGAAGAGAAUGAAGACACACUGCUGCUAUGGGAGGAUUUUACUAACUGUAACCCCACCAUUGACCUGCAGGGCGAGCAAGAAGAAAACUUGGGCAACUUGAUUCAUGAAACUGAAUCCUUCUUCAAGACGAGAGACAAGGAGUACCAGGAGACAAUAGGCCAGAUCGAGCUGGAGCUGGCCACAGCCAAGAGCGACAUGAACCGACAUCUGCAUGAGUAUAUGGAGAUGUGCAGCAUGAAGCGAGGUCUGGACGUGCAGAUGGAGACCUGCCGCAGGCUCAUCAAAGGCUCUGCAGACAGGAAUUCACCGUCCCCCAGCUCUGUGGCCAGCAGCGACUCAGGAAGUACAGAUGAAAUCCAGGAUGACCUCGAACGGGAGGCGGAUGUGGAGCCCAUGGUCAGCUGAUGACGGAGGCCCCUGCGCAUCUGGAGGUCCCCAGCCUCCUGUCCCCACUGAGCCGUAAGGGCUCCUCCUCGAACCUGGGCUCCAGUCCUCGCCACACAGACUUCUGUCCUUCCUUCUCCGGAGGCCCAGAGGGGACCGCUGCUUCCUUCCUACACCGCCCACCACCCACCCACGGAAUGGUGCUGUCGAUUUUCUAUUGUUCUCCACAUCACAAAUGCAGACUUCUGUGCGACGAUGCAGUGCAAUUGUGCCUUCUCCCUUAAGCUGAGCCACUUUGAGCUCCAAAGAACUCUUCCUAGCAGGUGUUUUGUUUUGUUU